AUGGUUUGGGGUGAAUAAUGCUGGACCACGCUGCAAAUUUGUGACUGAGAGCUGGACCCUCGUCAUCGCCACGUACUUUGUCACUGAGGCAGGGUAACCCAUGGUUACUGAACUCCAUCCGCUAAGGCGCAGGGAGUUUCCCCUCCCCACUGCUCUAUAAAAGAAACCCAGCAAAGGGACCCUACCAGCUUUUAGCUCUCAGCCUGGGCGAAGGUGUGGGAAGGAAAGCCCAAGACCGCUGGGGCCGCUGAGCAGACAAUACCAGCUGCAGCGGCAAAGUCAGCAUGUCACCCAACUUCAAACUUCAGUGCCACUUCAUUCUGAUCUUCCUCACGGCUCUGAGAGGGGAGAGCCGGUACCUCGAGCUUCGGGAAGCGAUGGACUACGACCCUUUCCUGCUCCUCAGCGCCAACCUGAAGCGGGAGCUGGUGGAGGAGCAGCAGCCGUACCGCCGCGCUCUGCGGUGCUUGGACAUGCUGAGCCUCCCGGGUCAGUUCACCUUCACCGCAGACCAGCCGCAGCUGCACUGCGCCGCCUUCUUCAUCGGUGAGCCCGAGGAGUUCAUCCCCAUCCACUACGACCUGGUCUCCAUCGACUGCCAGGGCGGGGACUUCCUGAAGGUAUUUGAUGGUUGGAUUCUCAAGGGAGAGAAGUUUCCCAGUUCUGAAGACCACCCUCUCCCCACAACUGAGCGGUACAUAGAUUUCUGUGAGAAUGGUCUUAACAGAAGGAGCAUCAGAUCCUCCCAGAAUGUGGCCAUGAUCUUCUUCCGGGUCCAUAAACCAGGAAAUGGAUUCACGAUAACCAUAAAGACAGACCCUAACCUCUUUCCCUGCAAUGUCAUUUCUCAGACCCCAAAUGGGAGGUUUACCCUGGUAGUUCCACAUCAGCAUCGAAACUGCAGCUUCUCCAUCAUUUAUCCCGUGGUGAUCAAAAUAUCUGAUCUCACCCUUGGACACUUCAACGGUCUUCAGUUAAAGAAAUCCUCAGCAGGUUGUGGGGGAAUAGGAGACUUUGUGGAAUUGCUGGGAGGAACUGGUCUGGACCCUUCCAAGAUGAUGCCUUUAGCUGAUCUCUGCUAUCCCUUCCAUGGUCCUGCCCAAAUGAAAAUCAGCUGUGAUAACACUGUGGUGCGCAUGGUCUCCAGUGGAAAACAUAUAAAUCGUGUGACUUUUGAGUACCAUCAGCUGGAACCAUAUGAACUGGAAAACCCAAAUGGAAACAGUAUCCAGGAAUUCUGUUUGUCUAGCCUUUGAAUAACCAACCCAGUGAUGUAUGUGCUGCUAACUAAAUGAGCUUUUAAUGGCUAUUGUAUAUGAUGUCAUUGAUCAGCUAGUUGAAAACCUCUCACACCAAUCAGUAUUCCCAGCCUCGAGCACACACCUGAGUGUGCACACACACACACACACGCAUUAAUUUUUGUAUUUUGCUCCUUUUUUGUUUGCAAUAUAUAAAUGAACAUAAAACAGAAAAUAAGCUCCUAUUUGGUGGGGGAAAGUUUUAAAUGAAGAUGUAUUAAUAGUUCCUUGACUUCUUACAAAUGAUUUGGUAAGAUAAGCGCAAAGCAAUGUACAACAAAAAAUUGUAUCUCAAGGGAAAAUACUACAACGAAGAUACUACUAAAAGGUGGCAUUCACAUCAAUUUUGUAAAGGAAAAGAGUUUAAACUCUUGUGAUACCAAAAUAGUUGUAUCUUUUGUUCAUUUUCUGUGUAUUAUUCUAUUUUCCUAAAUAAUAGUUGUAGCUAUUAUUUAUUGAUUUGUAACAACCUGUUUUUAACACAACUUAGCAUGGAAGUCUUCCA